AUGGGUAAAAAGAAACAAAAAUCUCCAAAAUCUGGCAAAUCGCCAAAUACCACAAAUAAUAUUAUAUCACCAACUACAGUGCUAUCGACAGAACAUUCACACCAAACCACCAAUCCAACUUCUACGAUCAAUGCUACCACUUCAACAACCGACACUACUCAUCAGUCUCAUAGUAAUUCUCACCACACUCGUUCUCAGCAUGCAAAAAGCACUGAUCAUAACAAAGAUCCACAACAAAGUAAUGAUAUUGAUCAAGAUAAUGCACAAGAAGAACAAAAGGGAUUUAAAGGGCAAGCUAAAAAGGAUAUGCAAAAUGUUGAAGGAUAUGUGGCAGAACGAGAGGGUGAAGUUAUUGAUGAAGCCAAAUUAGACAAGGCCAUGACGUUUGUAAAUGAAGAGAAACAAAAGCGUAAUGCACAAAAACUUCAAAAGCAAAAAGAUGCAGAAAAAAUCACAGUAUCAAAAGAAGAUAUUGAACUUAUUAUAAAUGAAACGGAAGUAACAAAAGCCAUAGCUGAUAAAUAUUUAAGAGAGAAUAAGGGUAAUGUAGUGGAGGCAUUAAAAGCAAUAGUGAAUGCCUGUUAA